AUGGCAUCCGAUGCUCUGAAGCAAGAACUGAACUGCUCAAUAUGCCUGAAUACUUAUGAAGAUCCUACGACGUUGCCAUGUGGACAUACAUUCUGCCAAAGAUGUAUCAGUGGAGCAGAGAGGAGCCGAGGAUGCUACCAGGCAGUCUCUUGCCCAGAAUGCAGGUACAGGUUUCCAGCAAACCUUCAACUCAACAAGAACACCAAACUGUGCAACAUAGUGGAACAUAUGGCUUCUGUGCAAUCCAAACCCGGCACCAUGAACGAUUGUUCUUACUGUGGAGGAAGUUCCAUAACUCUGUGCUUGCUCUGUGAGGUGUAUCUGUGUGAAGGCCACGGAAAUACACACAAUAAAACAGUAGAGCAUGUCCUUACUGAGGUCAACACUAACCUGGACACCCGAAAGUGCUCUGUCCACCAGGAGCUCCUGAGGUUCUACUGCUGUGAAGAAGAUGUCUGUAUCUGUGCAUCCUGUUGUCUGUUUGGUGACCACGUGGGGCAUACAUUUGUCACACUUCAGGAGAUUUCCAAAAAUCAAAAGGCAAUUCUUAAAAAUGUUGAGAAUUUACUGACAGCAGAGAAACACCUGAAGGAAAUUAAACUGGAAGAAAUGAAGGGACACAACAAGGAGAGUCAGGAGAAGAUGAGAAUUGGAGUGACUGGUCUGUUUGGGGAUAUAAGGAGAGAACUAGAGGUGUUGGAGCACAAAGUCCUCUGUGAGGUCUCCAAGCAGGAAGAAGAUGUAUGUGCACAAAUCUCUACCUUAAUCAAGAAGCUGGAAGAGGAGAAAUCAAAACUCAGUGCCCAGAUAUUGGACAUCAACCACCUUGGUCAAAGCACCGAUCCCAUGACAGUUUUGGAGAACUGUGGCUAUACCAUCUGUAGGGCAAAUGAGUUAUUAAUGGGUUCUGAAGAUACCGCUGAACCUAAAGCAAUGGACGAGGUGCUAAUCAAGGUGGCGUUGCAGUCAGGCCUACAUGAUUUCUUAACAAAUUUGCCACGGCUACAGAAAGUUCGAGGAUUUCAUGCACAGGACGCCUCACUUUCACACAUCACGUUGGAACUAAACGGCAUGUUCAGCCAGUUGCUCAUUUCUGAUGAUAUCUCUCAUACAUCUAAUUUAUUGCAGACUCUCUCCUUGGAUGGGACUCCCUACAGUAGUGCAUAUCAGACCUUAAGCUCAACAGCCAUAUCUUCUGGAGAACAUUACUGGGAAGUAGAGACUAAGGGAUUGCUAGAGUGGGGGGUUGGAAUGGCAUAUCGUAGAGCAGAAGGGAGCAAGUUGGGCUUUAACAGAGAUUCAUGGUGCCUUUACCUGUCUGCCAUCGGGGAGUAUAGAGCAGUGCAUGAUUGUAAUGAAAUGACCCUUCCCUUUCACCCUCCAAUAAGAACCCUAGGGAUAUACCUGGAUUAUGAGGCCGGGGUCCUGUCAUUUUAUCACCUUUCUGACACAGUGACUCUUCUCCAUACCUUCUCUGUUACGUUUAGUGAACCCCUCCACCCAGCAUAUUUCAUUGACAAUAUUGGCUGGGCGCAUCACUGUAGCAAGUGA